CUGCUGCUCCUGGGGCUGCGGGCCCGGCUCGUUGUCGUCCCCGAGGCCGUGCGGGGGGAGACUAGUAGGCCUCCUGCGCGGGGCUUGUGUCGGUGCGUGGCGGGGUCGCUGGCCCGUGCCGUGCCUCUCCUGCCGGCGGCCCGGCUGUGGGCGCUGCCGGGCUGUGAGGCUGCAUACAGUAGGAGAAAAUUGCUAGAAAGCAUGAGCACUUUGGACUGAGUUAUGUGGAAGAGCUGAACAUGAUUAAGGAACAUGACUCUAUAUGCACGGAAUCUCAGUGGGAUAGUCUGAAGAUCAAAUAAGUAAUAGUUACUGCUCCUAGAAACGUGAGCAUUUAGCCCUUAUUGGAAGAUUUAACGCUGGAUCAAUAGCACCAGUUAAGAACAUUAUCCUCCCCAGAGGUCAAAGAGUCCACAUAAGCCUGUCAUGAAUAUAAAUAAAAAUAUUUGUAAUUAAUUCAUUGGGUGUUCUGAAGUUCACAGAAAGUAAGGAUCUUCUGAAGUAAGAGACAUGAAAAAACAAACUCCCGAUCUCAGGGUGAUGACUCAGAGAAAUAAAUCUGUGGAAGAAGAUAUUGCUGACAAAAAUCAGAGAAGUUGCUCUGAAAAAGUUAACAGAGAAAAUGCUACUUGUAGUCAUGAAAGCACAGUUGUAAAACUGCCAGUAAUAGCAUCAUUUGCAGGUACCACUAAAAAAAUUGUAAUGCUCAAGCACCCAGCACCACCUCAGAAGCCAAGUUACUGCAGGUCUAAUUUUCAUGUUAAUAGCUCCCCAAUCUCAUUAGAAAAGACAAAAGCUGUUAGUAAAGUGGAUAGAGUGUGUAUGCUACAGAUGGAUCUCCAGAAUUUAAACAGAGAUAAAACUGAAGAAAUAGGUACUGUGAUUAAAGAUGGUGAUGAAUUUUGCUCUACAGAUUCUGAUAAAAACAAAAGUAUUUCAAGAAAGGGAAAAAUAACCAGGGAAAGCUGUAAGAAGAGAAGCAGAGUGAUUUCAAAAGCAAAGCAACAAGAUUUAGGUGUUGAAUCGGGAAGAGUGCUGAGAAAAGGAAGCAAGCAGCCAAGUGUGAGGUCUGCUCGAGAACAGUUGGAGGAGGCAAGAGAUGUGACUAGACCAGACACUUCAAAAAUAUACGAGAAGAACUUCCAGCAGAGCAAACCUGAAGAGCCUAUUUCCACACCAGCAUUGCCUGUGAAAGUGGUUGCAAGGUCUAUUGGUGAAAUAAUUGCUUCCCUGCAGUCUACUUCUCCAUCUCCCUCAGACCAGACGAUCAAAGAACUCCUGGAGAGUGUUCUUGGCCAGAACUACAACAUAAAAAUGGAAGCACCAAUUGAACAUGAGGAAAUAAAAACUGAAUCUCAAGUCCUGCCAAGUUUUCACCAAGCAAGCCUGAAGACACCAGUAGUUCAGAAAGAAUCUCAAGCAGCAGAAAAUGAAUCUCAGCCUAAAGAUGAGCUGUUAACAUAUAAUAAGCAGGUGAAGCAGGCUCCAGCCUCGGAUGCGCUACAGGUGGAAGGAAAAGCAAUAUCAAAAAUUAAACCAGAUGAAGUUCAGAAAGAGCUACAAGAGGAACACGACUUGCAACAAUCUUUGCUUCCUCAGGCCUCAAAUGUCAAAGGUCAACAUUAUCCAAGCAUUCAUCGUCUAUGUACUGCUUUUCCUAGUUUUAUAUUGCCUCCUUAUUUACAACUGGUUUCUAGAGUUUAUCAUACGUUAGACAGAAGAGGUCACAAUAUCUUAUUUACAGCAGAGGACACGGACAAUAAGGAGGAAGAACCAAUGUGUUCCAAAUGUAUUUAUUUGAAAGAGCAAGCUGAAAGGAAAAGAGUUUGUUAUGAGGGAGUUCCUAUUUCAGAGCAAUUCCAGAAUAAUCGGACAGAUGGGAUUCACUUUCUUCCCCCUCAUACAUCAAAAAGUCUAGCGGAAUGCCAAAAAAUUGCUGAAUAUUGUCUUAAAAAGCCACAACUGCAACUGUUAGGAGAGAAAGUUUCCAUUUAUCCAGAAGCUUUAAAAAUGUUUUGGGCUCCAGCUCCACCAAAAUUCUCUGCUCCAAUUUCUUCAUUAAAGGAAAUUUUAUUUCCUACGUAUGAGAGCAAUGCUGUUGAGGAUGUUGUAUUUGAAGGCUUUUUCACUGAUCAUGAUGAAGAGUUAGAAGCUGAGCAAGAUGAUCAUGAUUUCUAUGAUUAUGGGCUGACAAAAAGUUUACUGAGAAGAUGCCAAUCCUUGCCUGACUUUUCUGACAGUGAGAGCUCAGAGACAAGUUUGAUUAAAAGAUCAGUCUCAGCUCUGGAGAUGACUGCUUUCAAAGAUGAAACUACAUUAAAUAUGUCAGCUAAUUUCAAAACCAGCAUGAAAGAGUUGAAGGUUAUGAAGCAACGGAUAGCUGAGUCAGAGGUUGAGACAGAGAUCGGGAAAAGCUCCCCUACCAAGCAUCUAUUGCAUGAAAUCUGUGACGAUCCUCAGUCAAUGCAAACAGACAUACCAGUAGAAAAAACGCCUGCUUUGACUGGACAAGAGGAUAGUGAGAAUGACAUUGUUCUUGUGGAGCGAUCUCAAAAGGCUGGGAUUAAAUACACUGUUUUCCCAAGAAGAAAGAAAACAAAGAAAUCAAAGAAAAUAAUAAACCCUAGAAAAUUAGAAGCUGUGAUUAAGAAAUUAAGUCAACCCCCAAAGAUUCUUAAAAGGUUUAUUUUAAUUAGCGAUCCUUAUGUACAAAAUAUUAUGAAUAUUAGGUCUGUGUCUCUGGGAAGGCUUUCUAUUUGUGAUAAAGUCAGUACCGAGGUGUCUUCAGCAAUCAAACAAUAUCAGAGCCCCAGCAUCCCUUGUUUGUUAGAUUUUGAGAAGUUUGCAAAAGUGAGGGGUGGAAUUCCAGAAGAAACUUCUGCUCGCAUGUGGGUCAGUGGAAUCUGGAACUGCUGGUUUGAUGAAACUUUCCCUCCUAGUGGGACUGCUUCUGAGGAGAAGGAUACUGAAUUACUAAAAGGAACUGAGAUGGUGGACUCUCAAGAAGCAAAUCUACAAAUCGAACUAGUUGACUCAAUACAGCCUGUUCUUCUUGAAGGAGCAACAGUUAGUAUUGAAGAUUUAGAAAAAGAAGUAAGAAGACUGUCUGAGCUAAUAGAAAAGGAAGAGCAUCCUUCAGCUUUUCACUACUGCAGGCGUGGAGCAAUACAAAGAAAGUUAGGCAAGUUAAAGUCAGCUAUGGAUGACUUGGAAAAAGCUAUAAGCCUAGAACCACUGCUGCUUGAUGCUUACUGGCAUAGACAUUUGAUUUACCUCUUUCAAGACAGAAUUUCUGCUGCUUUGGAUGACCUGAAUUUUAUAACUAAAUGGAGCAAAAAUAAAGCAGAUACAUACCUGUCAAUGGCUGAAAUUUACAGGAAACAAGGUGAUAAUACAUUGGCAAUCAUCAGUUAUAGCUCUGCAAUACAAUGUAGCCCUACAGAUGAUGACAUUUAUUUUAGGAGAGCUGAGUUGUAUUUUGAGGAAAAUCAAUUGUUAUUGGCCAUGGAUGAUUAUGCCAAAUGUUUUCAGUGUAACCCUAAAAGAACAGAUGCACUUAUGAAACAUGGAAUACAUUUCUUUCACCGUUCAGUUUUGCCUACAGCUAUUCAGGAUUUUACAGCUGUGAUCAAGGAAGACCCCAGCAAUGCUCAGGCAAGGCUGUAUCGAGGAAGAGCAUAUGCUAAGCAGCAACAAUACAGAAAUGCAAUACAGGACUUAGCAGCAGCGGUUCAUCUAGACCCUUCUUGUUGGUUAGCAUUCUACUAUAGAGGUUGCAUACUACGACAAAUUGAUCCAAAAAGAGCUGUGCAGGACUUCAGUGUUUCUGUACUCAUCAAUGACACUCAGGAAAAUUUCUGUUCUUUUCUUCAUCGUGGGAUUGUUUACUUAGAACAGUGUCAAUGGUCCCUGGCAAUCUGUGACUUUGAAAGUGUCCUAGCUUUGGACAGGUCUGUCAUCUUUGCUUACCUAAAUAUUGGUUUGAUACUGCUGUUGCAUCUUGAUCAAUGCUAUGAAGCUAUUCGACAGUUUACUAAUGCCAUUGAAAUUGAUCCUCUCAAUGUUCGAGCCUAUGUAUGCAGAGCGCAAGCAUAUCAUAAGAUUCAUAAUUUACCAAAUGCUGUGAAGGAUAUAAACCGAGCCAUUCAUCUUUAUCCAAAUAAAUCACAACUUUGCAUAUUAAGGGGACAGUAUUUAAUGGAGUUGAAGAAAGAUGAGCUGGCAAGUUUAUGUAUUCACCAACUUGCAGAAAUGGAUGAAGAAUCCUUUAUGUCUCAGCCUGUUCAGCAAGCACUCAUUCAGUCAUUUUGUCAAAAUCACAAUAAGGCCAUAGAGUGCUUACGUGAAGCUGCUGCAACUCAACCCGAGCCUUCGAUGUUUGUUAUUUUAGGAAAAAUACAAAUGAAAGCCAAGAAAACUAAGGAUGCUGUGAGGAGUUUUAAAAAAGCUAUGAAGCUCCUGAUGACCUCAGCAAAAAUCCUGCCUAAUACAUUUGAGACUGCAGAAAUGUAUUAUCUCACAGGCCUGUGUUACAUGGAGCAAAAAAGUUUAUUUCAGGCCCGUGAUGCUUUUAGUAUGGCUAUCAGACUACAUUCAAGUUACCCUGAUGCUUUUUAUCAGCGAGGGCUGUGUAGAAUGCAGCUCAGACAAGCUACGUGCAUCCGAGAUUUCAAUCGAGCACUUGCUCUUUGUCCAUCACAUUUCCAGGCAUAUAUGAGUCGUGCUGCUUACUAUGGAAGUAAAGGUAGAUACUCUAAGGCAAUUCUGAAUUGCAAUGAGGCGAUCAAAAUUCUGCCUAGCAGUGCGCGAGCUUAUUUUUACCGAGGAACUUUAAAGUAUCAGAAUAAGACCUUUAAAGCUGCAAUUGAAGAUCUUUCAAAAACUAUUGACCUCAACAAAACCUGCAUUUUGGCAUAUUAUAACAGAGCCAUCUGUUAUCAUCAAAUAAAGGACUUCAAAAAAGCUUUGAAAGAUUAUGGAAUUCUUCUUCUCCUUGAAUUGAGUAAGGAAAUAGCUUUCAAAGUGUUAAUUAAUCGUGGACUACUCUAUGUGGAACUUGGUGAUUAUGCUAAUGCAUGUGAGGACUUUAAAGAAGCAACGUUGCUUAGUCCAUAUGAUAGCCAGAUCUUUCAAGCUAUUGGAAUCUGCUAUCAUAGACUUAAUGAGUUUGAAGAAGCUGUGAGGUCAUUUGACCAGGCUCUCAAACUAGAUCCUGUUUCUGUGGAUGCCUAUGUUGGACGAGGAAAUUCGUACAUGGAAAAUGGACAUGAGGCUGGUUGUAAACAAGCACAGAAAGAUUUCUUGAGAGCAAUUCACCUGAAUCCAAAGUGUAUAAAAGCCAGAAUUUGCUUAGGAUACAACUUUAAGGCCCUUGGAAGGCUUCAGAGAGCAUGGAGCCAAUUUACAGUUGCCAUUUGCAUUGAUUCAAAAUGCCAUGCUGCAUAUGAUGGACGAGCUUCAGUCUGUCUUCAAAUGGGUGAAACUUUUGCUGCAUUUCAAGAUAUAAAUGCCGCACUAAAGCUCACUACCACUGCUCCUCUGCUAACAAAUCGGGGUGUCAUCAGUCAGUUAAUGGGAUAUCUACCCUGUGCCAUGAAGGACUAUCAACAAGCAAUUUCUGUUGACCCAAACUAUGCAUUAGCCUAUUUCAAUGCAGCAAAUAUCUACUUCCAUAAUCGACAGUUUUCACAGGCCUAUUGCUAUUAUUCAAAGGUAUUACAACUUGACCCAAGAAAUGAAUCUGCUGUUAUGAAUCGUGCUAUUACAAAUGCAUUACUAAACAAUAUUGAAGAAGCAAAAGAAGACUUUGAGAAGGCAAUUUGUCUCUGCCCAUUCUCUGCAGCAGUGUAUUUUAACAGGGCAAAUUUCUAUUAUGGAUUGAAGCAAUAUGAACUAGCUGAGAAAGACAUUUCAACAGCAUUGUCAAUUCAACCUAAUGAUGCCUUGAUGUAUAAAUUUAGAGCUGAUAUUUGUGGUAAAUUAGGUUUCUAUAAGGAAGCUGUAGAAGACUACAAACAAGCAAUCAGCAUUCAAGAAGAGAUUGAUUCCAUGUGAAAAGAUACCAGUUCUCAUACCACUUGGGUUCUAUUUGCAGAUUUCUCAGACCUAUAAUUAAAAAAGUCCAACAUGCAAGAAAAAUUUAUAAUUUAUCUUCAUUUUUUUAUAUUCUACACACAUUUCAUUCUCCUAAAUAAGUACCUUGAUUGUGCAAAACUAGCCAGAGUUGUUUAAGAAUAGAAUGCCACAUUUAAUUUUUAUGAGUUAUAUAGUUUGUUCUUUAUUUGUUAGUGUCAAGAGAUAAUUGAUUGCGUUGUUUGCAAAAUGAAGGACAGAGAAGAGGAAUUUAUAGGCAAAAGACCUCAACUGUAUUGGUUAUAGAAGGAUAAAAGAGAGUACACUCUCCCUUCCCCCCAGAUAUAAAUGCUUACAGUGAUGCUAAUUAUAUGUCACCUGGACCAUCUGGGAAAUAAAUAUUCUAAGAUGGCUACCAAAUGCUUGUGACUGCUAACUAGGUCUCACUUUCUUCCUGAUCUUUCUUCUAUACCUCUUCAUAAGAUUUCCUGUUCCCUGUCACUCACAUGGUUGGGGAAAGCCAUUGUGCAAGGUCUGUCUGUUGCAGUGCAUGAGAACUACUCCAAGAACUGAAAUUUGAGAAGGACAUGAUUCAGUUUGUGAGUAAAUAGUUGAGGCUACUUGCUUCCAAUUAAAUAUAUUAUGCUGUGCCAGCUUGAAGAGACAGGUAAAAAUGCAUAAAUAAUAGAUCAUAGUUUUGUAUUCUAAGCUGUAAGAAUGGGCUUAAGAACAGCCUCUCACCUAAACGUGGAGAUUGAAAUGUAAAUCUAUGUGACCAAAAUUUAAAAAUUGUCAGGCCCUACCCAUGUACUAAAUUAAACCCCCAAGUUUGGCAUAGUAUGGUGCAGAUAGCAAAAGGAUGAAGCAAAACAGAUGCCUUUGUCUCAGAAAAGAGAAGAAAGAGGAAUGUUAAGGUCUUAUUCAGAAUGCAAGCAGUCCUGUGGUCUCAUACAGUGGAAAGAUUUCUAAAGGCACAAAUGGCACUUCAAUCCAGUGGUAUAGGAAUUGUAUGUGUAAUUUCAGGUUAGGUUUAUAUGUAAAAUGCUAUCAAUUUUCCUCUUAAAAAAAGGCAAAAGGAAAAGGUGAGAGGGACCUUCACAAAACAAUAGACCUAACACAUGCUGAUAUGUGCCUGUAAUUACUUAAUGUUCUGUAUGUGGAAUAAUCCCUAGGUAGUAGAGAAUAAUUCAGAAUAAAAUCAAAAUUAAAUCAUCUAAUUUAUAUAAAAUCGGUAUUAAAGAGUUACGUUGGUCCAUUUAACUUUAUAACUGACCUUUUUUUGUACUCCUGGAGUUAAGUGAUUUUUUUCAUUUAUGUGCUAUGGAGAUGAAAGUAAAAAAUGUUGUCAUUGCUUUGUCUCAAAGAAUUGCAUUUUAUUUUCUCUGAGUACUUAACACAUUGCUAUAGGCUAUUUCUGUAAAAAUAUCUGUUCUUGCAUAUCUAUGCAGUGUAUGUUUAGUCAAGGCGAUAGACAAUGACUGGAAUUCUAGCUUCGUUCUGGUAUCUAAAGUUUUGCGUUUCUAAUAUCACAUUACAUUGUAAAAAUUCCUAUGCUUGUCACCUUAUGAUAUCUGGGUUGAAAAAAAAAAUACUGUGGAAAGGAAAUUCAGACUAUCACAGCUAAAAGCAGUUAACUCAGUAAAGCAUUUGACUUCAUCCCUACUCUCCUUGACUAUCCUCUUGUUUAAUAUCUAGCGUGAUGAGACUAUGCACCUGCAAGGUCUGUGGUGAUAAGGUUGACUGGAAUAGAUGCAUCACAGUUAAGAUGUAUAAAAGCUAAAACAAGUUCAAAAAAUUUUGUAUUUAAUUUUUGUUUAUUCAUGAUGAGUGUCUCUGAUGUUUAAAAAUGAAUGUUUAUAGAUAUAAACAAUAAAUUAUUUCUAGACA